AUGCACUAACGCUGACGUCGACUUCAAGCUAAAAAAGCAUAAUGGCCGCGCCGUCAGUAGUCAUGCAGACGAAAAGGGCUGCUUCUACAUUGUUUUCCAAAACGCGUUCAUUUAAAAGUAGAUUGACAUUUUUGGAAUUUAGUGUUGUUUUGCUUUCGCUAGCUUCCUUGUUAAAAUGUGCUGCGGCCGACGGUAAAACGCUGGUUCUUCUGGACAAUCUCAAUAUUAGAGAGACCCAUUCAAUCUUCUUCCGCAGUUUGGCAGAUCGUGGCUUUGAUCUUACAUUCAAGACCGCUGAUGAUCCUUCGCUUUCACUAAUCAAAUAUGGUCAGCUCCCAUACGAGCAUCUCAUCAUCUUUUCACCGUCAGUUGAAGACUUUGGAGGAAGUAUCAAUGUGGAGACAAUUACAUCCUUCAUUGAUGGCGGUGGAAAUGUCUUGGUUGCUGCCAGUUCUGAUAUUGGUGACCCAAUAAGGGAGCUAGGCAGUGAGUGUGGGAUUGAGUUUGACGAGGAGAAGACUGCUGUCAUUGACCAUCACAAUUUUGACAAGUCCGAUCGUGGAGAGCACACCCUGAUUGUUGCUGACCCAGAGAACCUGCUGAAAGCUCCAACCAUUGUUGGCAAAACCAAUAAACCAGUCCUGUUUAAGGGUGUUGGCAUGGUGGCAGACCCCGACAACCCUCUUGUUCUUGACAUUCUCACAGGAUCUUCAACAGCCUACUCCUUUUUUCCCGACAAACCCAUUUCCCAGUACCCUCAUGCUGUGGGGAAAAACACCCUGCUGAUUGCUGGCCUACAAGCCAGAAACAACGCCAGAGUGGUUUUCAGUGGUUCACUGGACUUCUUUAGUGAUGCCUUCUUCAACGCUGAUGUCCAAAAAGCUGCACCGGGAUCUCUGUUGUAUGAGCAAACGGGUAACCGGGAACUGGCCGAGGCGCUCUCUCGUUGGGUGUUUAAAGAGGCUGGCGUCCUCAGGGUGGGUAAAGUUAGCCAUCAUCCAGUAGGAGAGAACACUCCCCCAGCAGCGUAUACAAUCACCGACCUUGUGGAGUACAGCAUUGUCAUCGAGAUGCUCUCUGACGGUGACUGGGUUCCUUUUGACGGUGACGAUAUCCAACUGGAGUUUGUGAGAAUUGACCCCUUUGUCAGGACGUACCUCAAGAAAGAUGGUGGUACAUACAGCGUCCAGUUCAAGUUGCCUGACGUUUAUGGAGUUUUCCAAUUUAAGGUGGACUACAACCGCCUGGGAUACACACACCUAUACUCCUCCACACAGGUUUCAGUGCGUCCCCUGCAGCACACCCAGUAUGAACGCUUUAUCCCAUCGGCCUUCCCGUACUACGCCAGCGUCUUCUCUAUGAUGUCAGGACUCUUCAUAUUCAGUUUUGUCUUCCUGCACAUGAAGGAGAAGGAAAAGUCUGACUAAUUCAGAGCUAGCGAAACGGAGAUUGGCAUAAUGGAACUUUAAAAGCCAGUCAAAAUUUAAUUCAUUGUUUGUGGUGGAGGCACACAAGUGGCUGGUGAAUGUUUUAAUGCUGGUGUGUGGGCUCACUUUUCAUUUUUACUUCAAGGCCUGUGAAAACUCAAUGUCAAAAUUAAAUCAUUUUCUGUUCUUAUGUUGAAGCAACAACAAGAAUAUAAACUAUUGACCCUUGUUUCACAUUCAAUGUUGUAGCCACAUGCACUGAAGAAAAAGAUGCAAACUAGUAAUUUGAAGUUUUUUUGUUUUUGUUUUUUUUAAAUAAACGUUGACAUUCCACACGGAA